CACAGUCUCGUGUCACACCCCCAGUCUGCCACUGUGAGCACAUAAAGCUGCUUUACAACAUUUGACUUGAAGAGAACAGUUUGGUUACGACUUAAUACGACACGUUUGUCAUUUGGAAUUAAAUAAACUACGUUCUUAAUCUGGAUACUUCAGUUUAAACCAACUGGAUAUUGCCGUUUUCUCCGACAGAAUGAUUUAAAUAGCUAAUGUUAUUUUAAGUUUAACGAGUUAUUUUUUUCUCUCUUUCAAAACGAACGGAAACUAAUUCAGUCACCUGUAACAUUUGACAAUAGAUUCAUCUUUUCAUCGUGGACUACAGCUAAUUAUAGGCACAUAUGUGAAAGGCAACAAGCAACAAUGUCAAAGACACAGAAAUCAGAGUCUAGGUCUCGCUCCCGCUCGGCCUCCAGAUCAAGAUCCCAUUCUGAUUCCCGCUCCCGUUCCAGAUCAAAAAGCAGCUCUAGAUCUAGAUCCAGGAAACGCAGAUAUUGGUCUCGCUCUCGGUCAAGAUCCCAUUCUCCACCCCACAACCGGGAGAGGAACCAAACACGGGAGUACCAGAACCAACGGGAGUUUCGAGGCAAUCACAGAGGCUUCCGGAGGCCAUAUUACUUCCGGGGCAGAGGUCAGGGCUUUUUCCGUGGCCGCUUUCAGCGUGGUGGAAGGGGUGGAUAUAAUAACUACAGACCCAAAAACUGGCAGAACUUCCGGCAGCACUAUCAGCAGCAACAGCAACAGCAGCAGUACCACCCCAACAGCCCCAAGAGGGGCCGAUCGCGUUCUCCCAAGAAGCAGUCAAAAAGUCCUCAGUCCCGCAGUCAUUCCCGCCGCUCUGACAGGUCGUCUUCAGGGAGAUCGCCACAGUCACACCAUUCUUCCUCCUCCAACGCUGGGUCUGCCAAACGCAAUUGCAAAGAUGUCAGAGAGGACAUCUCUGUGCCCGAAGAACCCCAAGGAGGAGGAGAUGGGGCUCUGGCAGAGCAGGUGGGAGGCUCUCCAGUGGCCAAAGGGAACUCUGAUGGAGACAGGGCUGUGGAGGACUGUCAGGUUUUGAGGAACCAUGACACUAGUCCAAGAAAGACAAGUCCACAGGUUUGCUCCACUGUCACUAAUGACCAACCGAUGGACUCUGCAACCAACGAGACAAGUCCUGCUCGUGAUGCUCCUAAUAAAGGUGCCACCACCUGGCAAAGUUCAAACACCAGCCCCAUAAAGAAAAGCCUUACACCAGUUUUCAAUGGUUUUGGGCUCUUUACAAAUAUUGACCAACAGACAGAUGAUACAAUUGCUAUCUCCGCUGCGUUUUUGAAAUUUCUGGAGGAGCAAAAUCUUAAAAAACUGUCCGCUACAUGGGACGACACCAUGCAUAAAGGGAAAAGUAAUGGAGAUAUAGUAUGUGAUAAAGAAAACGGAGAAAUGUUUGAAAAGGGCAUUGAGUUGUCUCACACUGCAGAUCACGACAACACAGAAGAAAAGGAGAAAUCCAAAUCUGCCAAGAGUGGUGAUGGUAACAAGUUAUCCAUAAGCUCCGCUAAAAGGGGUUCACGAAACGGCCCGACACUUCUGUGCAAGGAUGACGAGGACGAUGAUGAAGAGAUGGAGAGGUCUGAUAGGGUGAAGGAUAUGGGAAACGAUCCCUCCAAAAGCAAAAGCAAAGUCACGGUGUCCGCUCGUGAGAUGUUCGAGAAUCGUGUAAGGAGGAUGCAGGACAUGGCGUGGGAUGAUGAGCUGGAAGCUCUCCUGCUCUGCCAUAAACAGGAGAGAGCAGCCAAUUUACUAGCUGCUCUAUCAAAGAGAGACCAGCUCAGUGGCAUGUUUAAGGAUCCCUCACCUGAAAAGCUCUCUAAUGUAAAACGAAAGGAGAAAACCACACUAAGUUCCUCUUCUAAACCCACACUGCUGCCCAGGAGGAGCUCUGAGAACCGUGAGCAAGAGAUGUUUGUGGUUAUGAAUGAGGAAUCCCCUCCGAGAGCUUCGGUGAAAAGAGGAAGUGAAUUCAGCAUGAGGAUGGAUUCUCUAAGUGAUGACCUUGCAAGGACCUCUGUUUUGAGCAAUGAAAGAAGGAAUCUUCUAGAUUUACUGGAUCUUGAUAAAAAGGAUUUGGAGUUUCAGUCUGUCCUUCAGCAUCUUCGGGCUCAGCAGUCACCCAAAAGCCCAUCUGAGCUGUUUGCCCAACACAUAGUUUCAAUUGUCCAUCACAUUAAAGCUCAAUAUUUUCCUUCCUCUGGAUUGACUCUAAAUGACCGAUUUGCCAUGUACCAGAGACGAGCUGCUGAGAAAGACUUCAUGAAGCAGAGAAAGAGUCCAGAGAUACACAGGAGAAUUGAUGUUUCUCCCAGUGCUUUUAAGAGGCACUCUCUCCUGUUUGAUGAGAUGAAAAGCUCCAUGGAAAACAGCUUCAAGGUCGAUGGUAAAAAUUCUAAGGGUGAUUCAGUGGACCUUCGGCUGGAUAUUGAGCGCAGAAAGAAAUACUUGAGUGGGGAGAGAGAGCACAGAGAGGAAGAGUAUGGAGGAAGAGCAUCGAGGGAUUCUCCAGAUCCGAGCAAGGAAAUAUCCACUGAGAAAAACUCAAAGAAGCACAAAAAAAUGAAGAAAAACAAGAAGAAACGUGAGCAUUCUGAGUCACCUUCCUCAUCUUCAUCGUCUUCCUUUGUUUACCACGAAGAAGACGCUGAGAUCAAGGCAGAAAGUUUCUCCAAAAUACAACAGGGUCUUAGAGAGUAUGGAGAGCCUGCAGAAAGAGGACGGGCACGGGGAGGCUUUCAGCUUCGAAUACGCGGCAGAAGUUGGAACCGAGGAAAUUUCCAUGGAAGCAGUAAUGGUGACUCAAAGAUGAACAUGUCAGCAAAGAAUGACGACUGGGAUCAAGAAUACCCUCCCAAGAGCAAGAAAUACUUCCUACACAGUAACAGAGAUGGAGAAGCUGAGAAGAUGAUGAUGGACACACGAGAACGUGGUCGCGGAAAUGCUCUUCGCGCAAAGGGACGUUUCAUCCUCCGGAGGGCCACAAAUACCAACACAACCAAUUAUACGAGCCCUAAAUGGGCCCAUGAUAAAUUCCAGACCACUGAUGAUGAUGAUGAGGGCGAACAGCAAAGAGAAGAUGUAAAGCAGGACCAGUGAGAACAGAGCAGUAACGAUGUUAAGAUCCCUCAUCGUGUUUUAAACCCUGGGAUAAGACUUGUCAGCCAUCACACUUUCAAGAAUGGAUAUAAUAUUCACAUCUAUGCAUCUAAAACUUUUCAUAGGAAAAGUUUUUAUUGUAUUGCUUUGAUUUCCUAUUUCCGUGAGGAAGCUUUUUGUCAGCUUGGUCUUGUUUUGUGCUUUCUGUGUA